AUGAGCACGGCAGAGUACGACCCCUCCAAGGUCGUCGUUGUCUUUGUUCUUGGUGGUCCUGGCGCAGGCAAGGGAACGCAUUGUGCUAACCUUGUGCGCGAUUAUGGCUUUGUGCACCUAAGCGCUGGCGACUUGCUGCGUGCGGAGCAAGCUCGACCCGGCUCGCAAUACGGUCAAAUGAUCGCGGAGUACAUCAAGGAAGGAAAGAUAGUCCCGAUGGAAGUCACGAUUUCACUGCUGCGCAACUCGAUUCAAAACGCGAUUGAGCAAAACACUGACUCUACGGCGGAAGGCUGGGGUCAAGGCAGGGGUCGAUUCCUAAUUGACGGAUUUCCUCGCAAACUUGACCAGUCCGAAAAGUUCGAGCAGAGCGUUUGCCCUGCACAACUUGUGCUGUUCCUGCAUUGUACCGAAGAGAUCAUGCUGAAGCGUCUUUUGCGGCGUGGUGAGACAAGUGGACGUGCCGAUGAUAACAUGGACUCUAUCAAGAAGCGCUUCCACACAUUUAUCGAGACCAGUAUGCCUGUGGUGGAUUUCCAGCGCGCGCAACACAAGGUGGUGGAUGUGGACGCUACCAAUUCUGUUGAGCAGGUCUACAGUGACAUUUGUGCUGCCAUGAAUGCCAAGUUCACUCAGAUCAAGGACGCAGUUUGCAUGUAG